UUUUUUUUGAGGUAGGCAAAUAAUUUGACCCCACCUGAUGUUAAGUGGUGAUAAAGUCCAAACGCGAAGAUAUCUGGUACAGCAGUUAUAAACUGCUACACCAACCAUCGUCACCUUGCCGGCCUGUAAAAAUGCUUCUAUGUUAAGUAUGAACGGAAAGUUUGCUAGAACACUACAAAUGUCCUUUAAACCCAAUCUGCAAAAUCCUGUAUAAAAUUCAACACCCACACAAAGCGAGGAGCAUGGAAAAAUUCUACAAACCACCACGCCGAACGCACAUGUAUGUAGGUACUGUCAACAACAGGCCAAGCUAACCAAAACUUGCAUUUCCAAGUGACUUUUACCUUUAUUUAGUUUAGAAAUAAGAUUCACAAUUGGUUGAGCUUUGAGGCUGUACUUAGUCGAGUGCAUGGCAGUUAAUGCUUCGGAUACAUAAUAAACUUACGGCUAUCGUAGCAUGGUCUCGCUUACACUACACAGCCACUACAGACAGUGCCGUUGUAACAUUUGCCUUGCCCGCACUGUUCUAAUGUUGACCGUACAAUAAAACGACAAUGGAGACGAACGGGCAUACGUUUUUGAGGAAAGCCUUAAAGAUUGUGGAGGAGGAGAAAGCACAGACACCACUAGUUCGCUUCAAACACCCCAAGGAGUUAGAGGCUCUCCUCGAUUUGGACGUGAGUGAAGGCGCCACAGACGCUGAGCUGGAGCUAUGCGUACGUCAAGUAUUGCAGCACAGCGUGAACACAAGCAGGCCUACCUUCAGAAAUCAGCUGUACGGGGGCACUGACCCUUAUGGGCUGUCAGGAGCCUGGAUCGCAGAGGCUUUCAACACUAGCCAGUACACCUUCGAGGUGGCUCCCGCUUUCACAUUGAUCGAAAUGAAGAUGCUCCACCACAUUUUGGAUCUAUUCGGUAUACCCGAUGGUGACGGGAUCUUCAGUCCCGGUGGGAGUAUGUCAUUGCUGUAUGCAGUAGUUGCUGCCAGGUUUAAGGCAUUCCCCAAUGUCAAGAGUCAGGGCAUGAGAAGUUUGCCCGAGUUGGUUUUGUUUACUUCUGAAGAUAGCCAUUAUUCAAUAAAGAAAGCUGCACACUGGCUAGGAUUUGGAACCGAAAGUGUGAAGGUUAUAAAUACCAACAAUGAAGGACAAAUGUCGCCAUCUGAACUGGAAGAUGCUAUAGAGAGGGAACUAGAACUAGGCAGAAGACCUCUGAUGGUCAACGCCACCGCAGGAACAACCGUACUCGGAGCUAUUGAUGAAUUGGAGGCCAUAGCUAAAGUUUGCCAGAAGUUUAAUGUUUGGAUGCACGUUGAUGCAUGCUGGGGUGGAAGUCUGAUGUUAUCUCCGCAUCAAAAGUUAAAAUUGAAAGGCAUUGAAAGAGCAGACUCGAUAUCGUGGAACCCACACAAGAUGAUGGGCGCCCCGCUGCAGUGCUCAGUGUUCAUGGUACGCGAGCGCGGCCUCCUGCACGAGUGUAACUGUGCGGCCGCCCAGUAUCUGUUCCAGCAGGACAAGUUCUAUGAUGUGCGCUAUGAUACGGGGGACAAGAGCGUGCAGUGCGGGAGAAAGAUAGAUGCUUUUAAACUAUGGAUGAUGUGGAAGGCUCGGGGCGAUGCCGGGUUGAGCAAGCUCACCGACCACACCAUGAAUAUCGCCCGUUUCUGUCGGAACACAGUGGCACAAACCGCUGGCUUCAGGCUUGUCACUGCGGAAAUGCAGUGCCCCAACGUAUGCUUCUGGUAUAUACCGACUUUCAUGAGAGAAAGGGAAGAGGAUGAUGGAUGGUGGGAUCUGAUGCAUAAGAUAACACCGAAGAUCAAAGAGCUGCUGACACUGUCAUCUCAGCUGAUGGUCGCUUACACGCCUUUAAGGAAUUACAAGAACUUCUUCAGGUUGGCCUUCACCUUUCAUCCGGUCAUAGAUGAAGACCACGUCCUCAACAUGCUGCGAGCUAUCCAGGAAUGCGGGGAGAAAGUCACUUUAGAAAUAUUAUGA